AUGGGGAUGAUGAGGAUGAUGGCAGCGAGCGCCACUAUGACGCUGACCCAGCGAUCCGCAAUUGAUGAGAGUGUUAACAAUGCAGUCAUCUAUGGGCGUCGCCAGCGCGAUGACACAGCUAGUGUCAUGACGGUUGGCCAGUCGCCGGUGUCUCUCUCUCUCUCUCUCUGUCUGUCUCUCUCUCUCUCUGUCUCUCUCUCUCUGUCUGUCUCUCUGUCUCUCUCUCUCUGUCUCUCUCUCUCUGUCUCUGUCUCUGUCUCUCUCUCUCUGUCUCUGUCUCUGUCUCUCUCUCUCUCUCUCUCUCUCUCUCUCUCUCUCUCUCUCUCUCUCUCUCUCUCUCUCUCUCUCUCUCUCUCUCUCUCUCUAUCUCUCUCUCUCUCUGUCUCUCUUCCGUGGCAACCUUUGAAUCGCAAGCCAACGUCACUCUCGUCACUCAAUCCUUCGAAUCACUCAGUCUCAUUAGCCCACCUUCUCAACCAACCGGUUCGCAUCCUCCCCGCCACGCCAGCUGCUCGGGCCGCCCCCGUCUCUGUCCCGCGCGUGUGCCUUGCCUUGAAAGAUCUCAUCCGUUUGCUCUCGACGCCUGCCUGGCAUAUGCUUUGCCCCUACAUGGGGCGCGGAUGGAGCUUUGCCACCAUUGACUGGUGGAACACUGUGACAGAUGCUGAAACGCUGCGCAGUGCCUUUGCCACUCUGGCUCAAGGGGUUGCUGCCAUCGCCGACUGCAGCGAGUUUGACAACUCUGUGCCAGUAGAUGUUGGCAACUACACGUCUACCCUCUUUUCUCCCACCUGGUCUCUUGCUCAAGGCUGGGCAGGCCGACAUGAUAUCACCUUGGCCUUUGAUUCCUCGUGGCGCAAUGCCAUGGCCCAAAACGGCUCCCUGAUCGUGCGCCAGUUCAACGCCGCCGGAGCGCACCUUGCAGAUAGCCAACUUUUGCGCCUUGAAGGCAACGCCGCGAGCUCCCAUUACGCCCCCAACUCUAUCCGCAUGAGCCAGCACUUCGACCUCGCUGUGCCCUUGGAGGCUGCGGCCGCCGCCUUUCAGCUGGUUUUUGUCUUGGCUGCCCCCGUCGCCUCAUGCACCUGGUGGGCCAUAGACAACGUCCGGCUCGCUCAACUACAACGUAUGCUCGCUUGCUCGCUCGAUACAACGACCCUCCUGCCGCUGCCGUCACCCUGUCCUCAACCCGGUAUUAUUGGGUUGAAAACGCUAGACAAUGUGACAACAAUCACGACCGUCUCCACCUCCAGCACUGCCGCCAUUACCACCACCUCCUCCGAGACUUCUGCUGCCCCCACCGCUCUGACGACCAAUGGCGCCGCCUCCUCCACGAGCGCCGUCAGCUUGUUUAGCAUUUAUAAGGCCGCUUGGUGCCAGGCCAUCUUUCAAGAUGAUCCCACUGUGCAAUCGGAUAUUUUCCAUCGAGAAGAGGUCAACGGAAUCUCCCUCGGGCGCACAGUGCCGUUUGGGUCUGCGGGUUGUCCAAGCCUCCCUGCCAACCCCACCUCCUUGCAGACCGUCUUUGCUGGACUCUCCUUCUCCUGCACACCUGAGACGACAUUUAGCCUGGGCGAUCCCUGUGUGCACGCUUGCCAGUUGGUGGCUGGGUCAGGCGAGGCCUCGGAUGACUAUUUUCCCAAUGCAACCCACAUUGUCUUCAAGACAGGUCAUAGCUAUAACACCACCGUCUUAAGCACGGCAUACUCUGAAUCAAAUCUAGAGCGUGGCCUGGGCUCCUCGUGCCUGGGCCCUUGCAACGGGGCCCAAAAUGGCUUGGGCGCCGCCAAUGUGGGGCGUGUGACGAGCAAUGGCACAUGGACCAGCGCUGCUGCAGACAAUGUGACGCUGGUCUACAGCUUAUUCUCCGAGUGCUGGGCCUGCAUCGACGAUGGUAUGGAGCCCAACACAAAUGCUUCCACCGCUUUUGCUUUUUAUCGUCCAGAGCAUGGUGAACUGCAAGUGGACGCCAUCCUGUGUGAGGAUGAUGAGGACUGGUACUUGUUGAAAAGCGUGUGUAGCGGAGAGCGCCUCGGCGUUCGCGUCACCGUGACUGAAGACUGGCAGACGUCGGCUCUCGAGCUCCACCUCUUGUAUGAGGAAGCGUCUGGCGCGUCGGGCGAAGUUUCAGCUACUAGUAACUCCUGGCUCAACGUUUCGCUUCCUGUCACGACUUCUCCCAUCUUGGACGUUCGCAUGCGAGUGCUUUCACCCCUAAAUCAAGCAGCCAGCUACCGCUUGCAAGUGUCGUUGACAGGUGAAUGCAGUCUUGAUUUGAGCCAGACGACUCGAUCCACUUCAUCCACCGGCGACACCUCGGAUCAGCUGGAUCCGCAAGAGCUAUUGGGUAUCAUUAUCAGCCUGCUUUUGGCUGCGAUUCUAUCUAUGGUUGCGUUGUUACUGUGGCGACGCGUGCGGCGGACUCUGGACAAACCCCGCAAGCUCUCUUUCCUAACUGCACACUUUGAUUUGGUCAAGGAGCUGUAUGCUGGCCAAGUUCCGGACUUUGUUCGAGAACCGACGCUGGUCGACCCUGGCUCUUUGCACAUCUUGGAGCAGCUGGGCCAGGGGCACUUUGCCGAUGUUUUCAAGGCCUCGCGUGACACGGAGGGCGGCGAGGUGCUUGUGGCUGUUAAAAAGCUCCAACUUGAUUCGGAUCUUCGUGACGAGCUCCUUGCUGAGGCCAUUGUCAUGGCUCAGAUCGGUCAUCAUAUCAACUGCGUGCAGCUGACUGGAAUUACGCCUUCCUUCGAUGCUAUUGUCCUUGAUGGUCAUCGCCGACUUUGGGUCAACCAUGUGGCAUGUGGCCUGGCCCAUUUGCACACACAACAUUUCGUGCACCGCGACUUGGCGGCUCGGAAUAUUCUUCUCAAUUCAAGUCUGGUGGCCAAGAUAUCGGAUUAUGGCCUAGCUCGCGCAGCCCACACGACACAUGGUGACACGAGCAGCAUGGACGAAGAUCUUUACUAUCGCAUGCAACAUCGAAGUGAAAUUCCCAUCCGCUGGAUGGCACCCGAAGUCUUGACGGCUGCAUCGACUUAUUCAGGUGCUAGUGACAUCUGGAGCUUUGGAAUCGUCGUCUGGGAGAUCCUUCACGAUGGCGCUACCCCAUACAAGGGCAUGAGUAACGUGGAAACCAUAGCUUUUAUCAGCGAAGGUCGUCGAAUGGCUUGCCGUGAUGACGCUGCCCCAGAGCUACUGCAACUCUACGUCGACUGCUGUACUAUUGACGUGCAGAAGCGUCCUCGUGCCCAUGACUUGCCAGCGCGCUGCCCUGCACCAGCAGAGGCGCCUCGUCAGCUCGUGCGAAUGGCAUGGCAGGGCGUUCAAAACGACUAUGAGUAUUUUCGAGCAGGAGAGACGCUGGCGGUAGCUAGCCAAAGCCGGCACAGCAGCCCCAAACAUCAGUAUGGUGGCUCUCGAAUCACAUUGUCCAGCCCGCGUGCCUCGGGUGCAGCAUUUUCCACCAGCGGUGUGAGCAGCGAGUCCUAUCGCGGUGCGUCCUCUCGCUUCUUCGGGUGGAAUGGCUUUGAAACCACGGGUAUCCCGGCUGAUAUACGCGAAACUUGGUUGCUAGAUGUACUGCGUCUACGGCAAAUGGCCGCGUUGGGCUAUAAUGUCGGCAACAAAUCGCCCAACAACUCCUUGCCAGAUGUGACACUUCAGGACUCCGAUGGGUCGUUGAGCACCUCGCGUACCCUAGAUCCGGGUGCUGUUGUAGAAGUCCCGCAGACUCCCUUGAGGAAACACCAACCUCAAGCCGCCGAUCAAUUGCCGUUGCCAAGCUCAAGGCGCAAGGCUCCCAAGGAUGUGGACCUGCGUGUGCAUUUGAUGCCCGUGCGACCUCAUUCGGCACCUGUGGGCCAGCACUCGGGCUUGGGUGGUACAAGCCCGGUGCGGUCAGACUCGAGAGUCUACUUGAGCAGUGAUUCUGAGGAAGAAAACGAGGCAGAUUUGCUGUCACAGUCGAGUCCGGCACAUGCUCUAUGGGCGCAAAGAAGCUGGUACCACAAAUCUCCUUUGACGAGCCUCGGGGCAAUGGAGAGUGCAGAGCGCUCCGAUUCGGUUGUGUUGCUGAGCAGCGACGAAGAAUACGAUGACGAUCAUAUGGCGCCACCGAGUGCAGUUCACCACGGGGGCAUCGAGCAGGACCUGGACGUAUCGGUGAUCCUUCCGACUGGCGUCCGCGCUGCAUCCAAAACUAUGCCCAGUUCGCCUCGGCUUGCUCACAUAGCGCAAUCUUCCAGGUUGACGACGGCCCAUGGUAUGUCCACAGGCCCGAGUGCUACUAGCAGCUUGGGGACGGUUGACGUGGACAUGCCUUUCUCUUCAGGCUCAGAUGCUGUUGCCAUCGACUUGACUUCAUCCAGAGAGAUAUCCAUCGGGCGCCUGAGUCUGGCGUACUGCUGA